UGGCUCAUGCGCAGUGGCUGCGGCGGCGAUUCUGGGUGACGUCACGGGCCGGGCGUGACGUGCCGGUGGCGCGGGCCGCUGGGAGCUGGCCGGGAUCUGCGCUCUCCCCCCUCCCACUACGGGUCGCGGCUGGGGGCGUCCCGGCGGCGGGGACGCGGCUCCCCCUCCCCCGCCCUCGCCCCAGCGCUUCGAUCCAAGAUGGCGGCGCUGAGCAGCGGCAGCAGCGCGGAGGGGGCCUCGCUUUUCAACGGGGACAUGGAGCCCGAGCCGCCGCCGCCCGCGCUCGGCGCCUGCUACGCGGGGGGCAGCGGCGGCAGCGGCGACCCGGCCAUCCCGGAGGAGGUGUGGAAUAUCAAACAGAUGAUUAAAUUAACACAAGAACAUAUAGAGGCACUGCUAGACAAAUUUGGAGGAGAGCAUAAUCCACCAUCGAUAUAUUUAGAGGCCUAUGAAGAGUACACCAGCAAACUAGAUGCUCUACAGCAGAGAGAACAGCAGCUAUUGGAAUCCAUGGGGAAUGGAACUGAUUUCUCUGUCUCUAGUUCGGCUUCAACAGACACAGUUGCAUCAUCUUCCUCCUCUAGCCUCUCUGUAGCACCUUCAUCCCUUUCAGUUUAUCAAAGCCCUGCUGAUAUGUCACGGAAUAACCCCAAGUCUCCACAGAAGCCUAUUGUUAGAGUCUUCCUGCCCAACAAGCAAAGGACUGUGGUUCCAGCAAGAUGUGGAGUGACAGUCCGAGACAGCCUAAAGAAAGCUCUGAUGAUGAGAGGUCUUAUUCCAGAAUGCUGUGCUGUUUACAGAAUACAAGAUGGAGAGAAGAAGCCAAUUGGCUGGGACACUGACAUUUCCUGGCUCACGGGAGAAGAGUUGCAUGUGGAAGUCUUGGAGAAUGUGCCACUCACAACACACAAUUUUGUACGAAAAACAUUCUUCACGUUAGCAUUCUGCGACUUUUGUCGAAAGCUGCUUUUCCAGGGAUUCCGGUGCCAGACGUGCGGCUACAAAUUUCACCAGCGCUGUAGUACAGAAGUGCCACUGAUGUGUGUCAAUUAUGACCAACUCGAUUUGCUGUUUGUCUCCAAGUUCUUUGAACAUCACCCCAUACCGCAGGAGGAGGCCUCAUUAGGAGAGACCACCCCAGCAUCUGGAUCAUACCCCUCAGUGCCCCCCUCAGAUUCUGUUGGACCACCAAUUCUCCCUAGUCCUUCUCCUUCAAAAUCCAUUCCAAUCCCACAGCCCCUCCGACCAGCAGAUGAAGACCAUCGGAAUCAAUUUGGGCAACGCGACCGAUCCUCUUCAGCUCCCAACGUUCACAUCAAUACAAUCGAGCCAGUCAAUAUUGAUGACUUGAUUAGAGACCAGGGUUUACGAGGAGAGGGAGCCCCUUUGAACCAGCUGAUGCGCUGUCUUCGGAAAUACCAAUCCCGGACUCCCAGUCCCCUCCUUCAUUCUGUCCCCAGUGAAAUAGUGUUUGAUUUUGAGCCUGGCCCAGUGUUCAGAGGUUCAACUGCAGGUUUGUCUGCAACACCUCCCGCCUCUUUGCCUGGGUCACUCACCAAUGUGAAAGCGUUACAGAAAUCACCAGGACCCCAACGGGAAAGGAAAUCUUCCUCAUCCUCAGAAGACAGAAAUAGAAUGAAAACCCUUGGCCGACGGGAUUCAAGUGAUGAUUGGGAGAUACCGGAUGGACAGAUCACCGUUGGGCAAAGGAUAGGAUCUGGAUCAUUUGGAACGGUCUACAAAGGAAAGUGGCAUGGUGAUGUGGCAGUGAAAAUGUUGAAUGUCACGGCACCCACACCUCAGCAGUUACAGGCUUUCAAAAAUGAAGUAGGAGUGCUCAGGAAAACACGACAUGUGAAUAUCCUGCUUUUUAUGGGUUAUUCAACAAAACCCCAGUUGGCUAUUGUUACACAAUGGUGUGAGGGGUCCAGCUUAUAUCACCAUCUACACAUCAUUGAGACCAAAUUUGAAAUGAUCAAACUAAUCGAUAUUGCACGACAGACUGCACAAGGCAUGGAUUACUUGCAUGCCAAGUCAAUCAUCCACAGAGACCUCAAGAGUAAUAAUAUUUUUCUUCAUGAAGACCUCACAGUAAAAAUAGGUGACUUUGGUCUAGCUACAGUGAAAUCCCGAUGGAGUGGAUCCCAUCAGUUUGAACAGCUGUCUGGAUCUAUUCUAUGGAUGGCACCAGAAGUUAUCAGGAUGCAAGAUAAAAACCCAUAUAGCUUUCAGUCGGAUGUGUACGCGUUUGGGAUUGUUCUUUAUGAAUUGAUGACUGGACAGUUACCUUACUCAAACAUCAACAACAGGGACCAGAUAAUUUUUAUGGUGGGGCGAGGAUACUUAUCUCCAGACCUCAGCAAAGUACGGAGCAACUGUCCAAAAGCAAUGAAGAGACUAAUGGCAGAAUGCUUGAAAAAGAAAAGAGAUGAGAGACCCCUUUUUCCACAGAUACUUGCCUCCAUUGAGCUUCUGGCCCGGUCGUUGCCAAAAAUUCACCGCAGUGCAUCUGAGCCCUCAUUAAACCGGGCUGGCUUCCAGACAGAGGAUUUUAGUCUAUAUGCUUGUGCUUCUCCAAAAACACCCAUCCAAGCAGGGGGAUACGGAGAAUUUGCAGCGUUCAAGUAGCCACAGCACCAUGGCAGCACCCACUCUGUUAUUUAAGUCUUGUGUUCCUACAGUUUCUUAACAUCAAAACUCUAUUCUGCUCCGCGAAACCUAAAGCAAUUUAGAAAAGAUAUCCGUAAGCUUAAAAGUGGAGCAGAAUGGAACUGCCAGUCCAACGACACAAUGGGAAAGAAAAAUAAAAAAAAAAAAAAAAAGAAAAAAAAAAGAAAAAAAAAGAAAUAGUACCUUAUUUUGGGAACCAGAAUCCUCUGCUGCCAGUGUUUCUCCUUCAACACAAGCCGCCAGGUGCACUCGGAGACCCGCGGCCGCUGCCCGUGCCAUUGGCAUCAUUCCCCGGAGAGAGGAGAGGGCGCUCGUGGUUUGACUCUGGUGCUCGGGCAUGAGGGGAUGGAACUGCUGCUGCAACUUUAGGAGACUUUGCUUUGGAUGGUCUGCCGGUCGCCUUUCUCCCUCUAACAACGUACCAUCAGAGGCUGAAUGUCUGAUGAGUGCUAAUUCAAAAGAAUCCCUCCUCCGUUCUGACCUUUUUUUUUUUUUUACUUAUUUCCUGGUGUACUCGCUGAUUUAUGGACAAUGCAGUAUCCCCUUUUCACUGUAUUAUGUCAGACACCUAAAUCUGUCUAUAGUAUUGGGUUUUAUUACAGUAAAAUUAAACCGCGAGGUGAUGGGAGCUGGGGAAGAUGUUACUCUAAAGGCGAAGAGUUUGAUCUGAAGGAAAAGGGGAUGCUGCUGCACCUUUUUUCAGAUUUACUUUAUCGCUUCUUCAAAAAACAAACGACAACCACCAACCUUAAGCUUUUCCUUUUCCAGUAUUUUCUUGGUGUGUGCAUAUACAACAUCUUUCAGAAGGAUUCAGUAGAUCCUUCUUUUGUUGGUCCAGCAACAAACUGAAGUUUAAAAAAAAAAUGUAGCGCGAUUGUCCUCUUUUAUUUUUUUUUCUUUUGUAUCAUAUGAUACAAUGUAUUUAUCAAAGAUGCUACCACAGCAUCUGAAGUCUGUAGAAAUCCUGAUACAGACUGUGAAUGGUGUAUGUACCUACUUUAAAAGUUUUAUUUUAAACGAGGGUGCAGGUUAAUGCCAGGUACCUUACCAAUAUGUAACGUUUUCAUAAACGGGGAAAAAAGUUCUCAGGUUGAAUUGAAUACAAAUACAAAACCCCCUAGAAUUAGACAUUCCGAAAAUUGUGUUUUGGUACUUUCAAGAGCUUUUUUUAAAGGAUUUUUAUCCUGUUAACUAAACGUCCUCCGAUAAGUGUGUGUGUAAAUGUGGAGCACCUUGUCCUAAUGGCAAGGUGUUCAAUCAAAACAAAACGGUACUUGCUGGAUCCACGCUGACUACUUCUCCUCUCGUUGCUUUCUUCCCUGUCAUCUCUUUCCUUCCGUUUGUCUUUCUCUUUUGUACCCUUGGCAAACUAGGGUGAAGGUGGCGGUAUCUCCAUCAGAGUGCGUUGUUCUCCUGUCCUCCGAUCCUGGUUUUCAAAUGGUCGGUAGCUUUUUGACGAGUUACCCAGUCAGGGAAAUAAUAAAAACAACUCAGAAAGUUCUGCACAUCAUUUACCUCUAGUAGAAUAUCUUGUGAUGUGAUCUGUUUGCAGAGUUCUCCGGUAUGUGCUAUUACAUGUAAAUUAUUUGUACAGAGGCAAGUCAGACCACAUUAGGAAGAAAUUCGAGAUCAGAGAGAAGCUUUCCAAAUUAGAUUUGUAUCUGCCCUGUGCCACUCCAGGUGAGACAAGAGAGGGAGGUUCUUGCUGGGGUGGGGAGGUGAAGGGAUGUUAGACAAAAUCAUGACAAAUAAAUGAAGGAGUUAAAUGUGUGUGAAUGUGAUGUCCAUGCUAAACAGGGGUGUAUUGGGUAAGGACACUGUCCUUCCCUCCCUCGGAGAGUUGGACUGUUUGUGUCUGCAGAAGGUUGCUCCCAGGUGAAGGGAGAAACCCACAUGGGUAGUGGAACGUGCUUUUAAAACCCUGGAGUUCUGCAGCAUUGCUGGUAGCCUGUGUGGUUUAGUCAGUAAAUAUUUACUGGGGUUAUAGGGACCGGACUAAUCUGAAGUGGGAAUUAUAACUGAAAUACUGUGUAUUCAUAUUAAUUCCACAAACAUUAGCAAGACAGCAAUAGUGAAUGACUUAAUAGUCACUACAAGAAUGAAGUGAUUCAUGUUGGUACAUGAAUAGAAUUGAUUUUGUGUACAGGAUGCAUUUUAAAAACAAACAAACAAAAAAAAAAGCACAAAUUUUUCUUGUCUGCUGUGGGUCUUCAGAUGCUGUAAGGUUUGGUUGUUUGGUUUUUUAUUUUCUUAUGGAGAUUGGCAGGAAUUUAAAUAGUAGCAAUAGCCACUUUCCAGUGCGGAGAAGCGAAUGAGUGAGCGGUGGCGUGCGUGCCGGUGGAAUCACGGUGCUCCCUGUGAGCAUUGGGGGCCAAGAGCGAGGAGGUGGAAGGAGCCUGGGGCCGCUGGGCUCAACAGGCGGGUGAGAGCAGCUACAGAGACAGACUCCCAGAGUGUGACACAGUCACCACUCGUUCUCCCUCCAGCCCCUCUGUGGGCUGUGGCCUCAUUUGUACCUGUCAGGCAUGCUGGAAAUUAAUAUCCCCUUGAAAGAAAUUGUUAUCGGAGCAAGUAUGUGCAGGUGCUGUGCAGUCAUUCGUUUCACAGAGCUUGUUAAAAGCCCUAGUUUCCUUUCCACAAGGUCAUGCUGGUAGAAGAUUGUCUGCUAAAACAUAACUGUUAGGAAUUUCAUUCUGUCUUUGCUUAAAAUGAACUUAUUUUUGUGAAGAUUCAUUACCCCUUAGUCUACAAUAUGCUUCUUGAGCCCAUAGGAAAAGCACAAGGAAAAUUGCUAUCCUUGUCCAUGCAAAGCACUUUAUAAGUAACACGUGGUCUUUGGGGUUUUUUAAUUGGGGUUUGUUUGUCGGGGUUUUGUUUGUCUGUUUGUUUUCUGAGGAAUGUGCAAGUUGUUUGGCUGCUGUUUAGAUAAGUCCUUUUAGGAUGCAUUUCUACUGGUCUUCAUGUUUCCCUCCAGACAGCUGUAGUAAGGUGUGUUUGUCUACAGGAGGUGCCACGUAAUACUCAUGCAAAACUUUGGAAGAAAUUUGGCUUGUAAAUAAUUGGAAUUAUUAUUUUUUUUCAUCUUUUCCUUCAAGAGUUUUUCUGGAUGUCUUGCAUGCCAUCAGAACCAGUCCUAAAGGCGCCCUGUAGUUGUUUAGUGAACGGGGAGAUCAGAGCAGACGAGAACUGAGUGCCCUGUAUAGGAGUGGGGUGAAGGAUGUAAACUAAAAUAACCAAUACGUUAAUGUCCAUUACACCCCAUUUCUUAAGUUUCUCUGUGAUGCCCCAGCCACAGGCACAUGUCCUGUUUGGGGAUGUUAGAACAUAUUUUGUGUGCGCAUUGGGACAAACAUCUAGACAGUCAUAUUGCUUUUAGCUUUACAUUAUCUAGUCUCUAAUAAUUAUUUGGAAAUCUACCAGUAUCCAAUCCCAGCUGUUCAUGUCUUCAUUAACGACACAGACACCUUCCCCUCUACCUUUCCUUUUCCACACAGUUAGAAGAGGCCUGUUACCUGUUACAUCUUCCCUGUCAGUACGUGAUAGUUUCCUGCAGCAUAUUUGCUGGAACCGGAACAUUGUGGUGGAGCUUAAACCAAAUGGUAUGAGCGUAGAGGCCUGGUUAUUUUGAAAGUAAUUUCUGCACGAAUUAAGUCUUACAUGGCCCCAAAUACAGUUAGCCCCAUCAUUUGUUUUUUGCUGAACUCAUGAAGGUCGUUGAAUGAAUCCACCUCUGCUUUUUCUGCUCACAUAAAAUCAUCUUUCCUUGUACCUGAAUGCCCCAGCAGCUGGUGAUGAUGCCGAAUGUUUGAAACCAAACACUGCCAUCUUAUUGUGGCCUCUAGACAUCACUUGGAUUAGUAUGUGCUCAUUAGAGGCAGAAUUUGGCCUUCAUGACAUAAAAUCAAUGAAAUGCUGACUGUUGAUAAGUACCAUGUCUUUCCACAAAUGCCCAAAUGGGGGGAGGCGGAAUACGCUGAAGAUCAUGCAUAUAUAGGUUUGCUUCUGUGUUUGCCUGGUGAUGUAAAUGCAUCCAGCAUUUCACAGAACGUUUGGGGAAGCCAGAUCCUCGGAAGCCUCAGAAAAAAAGUACAAGUUGAAGUUUUGAUAGCUGGAGGGGCUAAAUUUAAGGAAGCAGCAUGUAGACAUUUCACACUUCUGCAGCCUGUAGAUUUCAUUCCCUUCUGGACUGUGAGUGCAGCAUGUGUAGCACAAACUAUUCAUAGUACUGUAGACAACGUGUUUUCUGUCUGUUGAAAAAAGUACCACCAGUAGCACAAUGCGACAGGCAAAGCUUCUAGGUACAGCCACGUUCAGUUAAAAAGCAGUUGCAUGAGUGUUACGGCAUGGCUCUGGAGGUGCUGUGUCUUCUGGUUUUCUGUUACACGUUUGACAUAGAACUUUAUGAAAGAAGCUGUCUUCUGCAGCCUUGUUAAUACGCAUUUGCACUUCACAUUUGUUUGGGCAUGCAUUUUAAAUAUAUUUUUUCAUUGGUUUUGUUACUUCUUACCUAGUAAAUAAAAUCAUCAAAGUUCUUCUUUGCAUUUAAGUUCAAGGAUGCUAACGCAGAAGCUACUGAGUCAGCACCGUGACAGCAGGACAUAGCUACGAAACUGUGGAAGGAGGAAACUGUUUAAAAACUGCAGAAUGCAGAGUACACCAAGAGCAAACUAAAGUGAAAACUAGCGUAUGUAUUUUCUGGAGAGAAGGGAGCUAUCCAGACCUUCUGUUAAAUGGUUUACAUAGGGAUCCUCCAAAACAGUCCUUGCAGUUUGCCAAAUGAUCAUGUGCCUUCGCAACCUUUAAAAGUACAACAGAAUGUAAACCAGGUGCUUUGUAACUAGAGCAGUGGCUUUGGUUUACUUCUGAUGCAGUAGUUUUUGUAUAUAACUAUCACCAUAGUUAGGUAGUUUGGAGCUGGUCAACUUCUGUGAAGGAGGGCAGAGUGUUCCCCAAAAUACUUACGGUCAUUUCAAAGCUAGGAAUUGAAGGAUACCUAAUUCAGUUACAAUAAACUUGCUGCUUGAAAUCUGCUCUAUCAGAAGUUAAAUGAGGUUCAUUUAAUUUAAAGAUAAAAAAGCCCUCCUCCCCCUCCAAAGACACAAAGAUCUUUUAAAAGAAGGGUAAUAGAAUGCUCCAAAGAGGCCCAAAGUUACACUGUCAUAGCAUCUUAGAAUGAGACAGUAGAUGAAAAAUGGGAGUUAGGUGAGGAGAAAUCAAUGGCUAGUACUCGUGUAAUCAUGUUAUAUAUCAGGACCAUACAAUUAAUUCCCUGGCACAGAAAGUGCAAUUCAUUUUGUUUUAUGGAAUAUCAGCAGGUUUCAUUAGUUCUUCCAUGGGCCUUUUGCAGUUCCUCAGCAAUGCAGGCGACUCUCCAGCGAUGACACACAGCUAUUGCACGUUACCCGUGGGAGGUGGCAGGUGUCUUGUCAGCUGAGGGACAACCAGUAGGUUUGAAUUUGAUUUGUUCAAAUUUCAAAACGGUUACGUAGACUUCUGGCAGUACCUACACACCAGUGUCAUAUUUAACCUACUUGUCUAUAAAGGACAAAAUAAUGGGGUUUGGUAUUAGUCCUUUUUCAGAUUUUUUUUUUCCUUUGGGGCAAGACUUUGGGCAUAAUUGUAAAUUAUAAAGUUAUAUCUAAAUGCACAGUUCAUGCAAAACAUCAGACCAGUUUUUACUUGGCUUUGUUCCUUUUAGAAUGCAAGGUGUAAAAACAUUUUACUAAUAUUCCAGGAACUACCUGGGACCCUUCUACCUGUCCCAAAUUCUGCACUAGAAGUACAUGUGAGAAGAUGGUGUUUUGUCUGUUUUUUAAGCAAAAUCAUAAAGAAACUAUUUCUCUAAGAGAAGGGAGCUGUUGGGGGAGGGUUUAGAAACUUCUAAACUACCUAGGCAUUUGCUUCAUAGCAUCACAGCAGCAGCGUGUUCAGCUCAUCCAGCCUAGUUAGGAGCCAGCAGUGGCCUGUCUGGUCAUUUUGUCUGGUUUAUUGAGUUUGCAGCAGCUGUACUUUAGAAUAAGCCUUGUGUGACAUUUGCUUUUGAGCGAGUAAAACACAAAAAAUAACUAUGUUUUCUUUUUUGUUGUCGUUUGGGUUUGGAAAACGGUUGGGUUUUGUUUUGAUAAAUGUCAUUCUGCGUUGUAUUUGUGUAUUCACCCUAGCUGAAAAGAAAAUCUGUUUGUGUGUUUGGGAGUUCAGUGGAACAUUUAGAGAAGAAAUGAAGCCCUGCCAUCUGGGCACAGAUGUUGGGUCUGGGGGGCAAAAUGGACCAAACUUGGGUGUUGGGUUAUUUUGGGAUGGUGGGGGGUUUUGAGGGCAUAAUUUAAAUUAACUCUCUAAAAUAAAAUGUAAGUGCAAUAAAUGUGCUUUUUUUUUUAUUCAAAGCUGUGAACCUUUAGGAAAAAAAAUCAAUGACAAAAAAAAUGCACAUCAUUCCUUCACGAGCCUUGUGUCCUACCUGCCCCCCUUCCUUCCCCCUCUCCACACUUCUCCUCAACUGACAGAAACUUGACAGUGGCCAAUUUGCAUGUUUUGGCAACCCAAAUUAACGUUGCUUUUCUUCUGAUCUCGUUUGUUGGGAUCGGGGAAAGUCCUGGCCCCUACUCCUUGCCACCCAUGGGAUACCUUUGGGAUUGGGGGCUGCCCUGUGCCACCAGAGCCAGGUCCCCCACUCUGGGGGUGCAGGAGCCAGCCCACCUCUACCACAGCCGUCCCAGCUGCCAGCACCGUGCUCCUCCCCUCCCUGCACGGGCUCCCAGAGCUGGGCGCGUGACCCUUUUUUUAAGCAACCGCAAAAGUCAUCAGCUGCCUAAUUGUGUCCCUUUGUCAAAAGACAUGUGCAGGCUGGCCACUGUUGCCUUCUGUGACUGCCUUGUUCUGAAGGAGCAGGUCCAUCCGCGUGUGCGACCUGUCGUGCAUCACUUGCACCGUCUCUUACUUGAGCGCGCGCUGCUUUUGCCAGAUGAGGAAAUGUGCACCGGUCUCUUGGGGGUGUCCACGAGAGGCGCAAUGUCUGUGUUUCUGUAAAAGGUGAUGGAAGGUGUGGCACUCGGUGGUCGGACCCUAUGGGGGGAGUAAGAGAGGACUGGCUUGUUUAAAGUUUAUAGACAUACAGAUCUAUAGCCUUUAAACUUGAUUAUUUUUAUAUAUAGACAAGACAAUGGCAUUACCUCAUAAUACAGAGGCUUGUUUAUGAGAGGCAAAGUAUCUAAUAAGGAGAGGAAAGGGAAAUUAUAUACAGAUUUCUUGGUUUUUGUUUGUUUGUUCCUUAGUGCAAUGAAAUGUCCCAGCGGUUUAAACUCUGUGCUAACACAACAUUCCUUUCAGCUGUACUUUUUUGGUUUUCGACCACCAGAGGUUUGCGAGGGGCUUACAACUGCAAAGUAGAAGGUCCAGUUUGGUUACUUAAAAACAAAACAACAAUUGUGUUAGUAGAUUUCCAUAGCUGCUUUUUAAAAAUCUACAACGGAGUAAUUGUUUCGAAACUUCUAUUUAUUUUUUAAUUUGUAACAAAAUGUUUAUUUUCGGUUUUCUGUUACGUAGGUCAUGGCAAGUCCCCUUCUUUCCCUCUCAAGAUUCCCCUGUAAUUGCCAAUACAACUUAUUUUUCUUGUUUGUUCCUUCCCCCUUCACUUCUGUUGUCCCUUCAUUUGUACUUUGGAGUUUUUCUCAUGUAAAUUUGUACAAUGGGAAAUAUUGUCCAGUUUGGUUAGAGAGCAUGGAGACUUAAAACAUAUUAAAAUUUGAUAGCUGAAUUCAGAUUGAAGAAAACUAUUUCUGUGUAAAGUUAUUUAAAGAACUCUGUAUUAUAUAAAAGGCAAAAAGUUCUAUGUACUUGAUGUGAAUAUGAGAAUACUGCUAUAAUAAAGAUUGACUGCAUGGAAAAAUCUGAA